GAUGCAGUGAAGACAAGCGGCCCAUAUUUCUUCUGAAGAUUGCUCAUAAUGGUCGGGAAUUGGAUUAAAACUGUUUAUAUCCUUUUUAGCAAUUUUAACCGAAUUACCUGUUGAAGUAAAUAGACCAACUCGUACGCUACCCGUGCCAACAUCAACACCUAUAAAGUAACUUUCCGGCAUGUUAAAUGUUUAACGCAAAGAUGAAAGGCACAAAAUGAAUAAAUACAAGAUGAUAAGUGACCUCGAAAUAACCUUAUGACAAUCUAUGACCUACAUUAAAGUCAUGUGGAAUUUUAAAAAUCCCGCAAAUUUAAACGUUGAAGUUAUGUUAAAGUGAGGUUAUGUUUAUGUCAAAUUGAAGGUUAAAUUUUUUAAAUUUAUUGAUAUAAAAAUGGUUAGACAUAAAAAUAGAUAUAUCGUCGUAUUAAUAACUGAAAACGAUACAAAUGCCACAAAAAAAUUGCAUUUAAAACCAAUUACAUUAUCGAAUGCAAUUAAAGACACCGUACAACAGCUUUACGGUGAUUUUGGACUCGCCGCUAUAAAAGCCGCUUUCACCGCUAAGUACUGCAACGAAUUAACGAAAAUUGCAAUCAUUAAAGUACGGCAUGGACCCCACAGAUUCGUUACAAGUGUUUUACCAUUGAUAACCUCACUGGAAAAUAAAUCAAUUACGAUUAACAUUAUCCAUAUAGGUGCUACAAUCAAACAAAGUUUUAAAUUUAUAUUAGAAUAUCAAGAAAGAAAAUAUUAUGAAUUCGUUGCUAAUUUAAAACGUGAUGAAGAUAAAAAGGCAUUGAGAGAGUCGUUAAUGGAUAUUGAUGAUGUUUUAACGAUUGUGUAAAGAGAAAAUAAAUUAAGAUAUCUUAAUUCAUAA